AUGUUUAUUCAUGUCUGCAUCUCAGAAACUCCCGUCAAGACGAGAACAAGACGAGAACAAGACGAGAAUAAGACGAGAACUAUCCACCGGCUUUCUUUCUUUCUUUCUUUCUUUCUUUCUUUCUUUCUUUCUAAUUAUUCACUACCUUUCUUUCUUUCUUUCUUUCUUUCUUUCUUUCUUUCUUUCUUUCUUUCUUUCCUAAUUAUUCACUACUUUCUUUCUUUCUUUCUUUCUUUCUUUCUUUCUUUUCUUUCUUUCUUUCUUUCAAUUAUUCACUACGUUUCUUUCUUUCUUUCUUUCUUUCUUUCAAUUAUUUCUUUCUUUCUUUCUUUCUUUCUUUUCUUUCUUUCUUUCUUUCUUUCUUUCUUUCUAAUUAUUCACUACGUUUCUUUCUUUCUAACUUUCUUUCUUUCUUUCUACAGAUCCACCGGCUUUCUUUCUUUCUUUCUUUCUUUACUAUUCCUUCUUUCUUAUCUAUUCCUUUCCAUCAUUCUUUCUUUCUUUCCAUCAUUGUUCCUUUCUUUCUUUCUUUCCCCACCAUUUCUGUUUUUAUUUCAUUUAGUCCUGGUUUCCGUCAACCAUAUUUCCUUUCUUUCUUUUUUGUGCCAUUAUUCCUGUUUUCUUUCUUUCCUUCUUUCCUUCGUUCUUAUGUUUUGCUUUAUUUCUUUCUUUUCUUUCUUCUUCUCUUUUCCUACUGUUCAUUUCAUUCUUUCUUUUUUCUUUCUUUCUUUCCUUCUUUCUUUCAUUCUCUUCUUUUCUUUCUUAUUUUUGCCUUCUUUAAUCCUUUCUUUCUUUCUUUCUUUCCUGCUUUCAUUUUGCUUCAGUCUUUCUUUCUUUUUUCUUUCUUUUCUUUCUUAUCCUGUUUUUUAUUUAAUCCUUUCUUUCUUUCUUUCUUUCUUUCUUUUUUUACCAUAUUUUUUAUUUUCCUUUCUUUCUUUCUUUUAUUUUCUUUUCUUAUUUAUUUGUAUUUUAUUUAAUCCUUCCUUUCUUUCUUCUUUCUUUCUUUCUUUUUCUUUCUUCCUUUAUUUUUUCUUUCUUUCUUUCUUUCUUUCUUUCUUCUUUUCUUUCUUUUUACUUUCUUUCUUUCUUUCUUUCUUUCUUUCUGAAUUUCUUUCUUUCUUUCUUUCCUUCUUUUCUUUCUUAUGCCAUAUUGCUUUAUUUAAUACUUUCUUUCUUUCUUUCUUCUUCUCUUUCUUAUGCCAUACUGCUUCAGUGAAUUUCUUUCUUUCUUUCCUUCAGUUUCUUUCAUUUUUUUCUUUCUUUCUUUCUUUAUUUAAUACUUUCUUUCUUUCUUUCUUUUUCUUUCUCAUGCCAUACUUUUAUUUAAUCCUUUCUUUCUUUCUUUUUUCUUUUUUUUUCUCUUUCUUUUUUCUUUCUUUCUUUUCCAUUUUUAUGCUUUAUUUAAUCCUUUCUUUCUUUAUUUCUUUCUUUCUUUCUUUCUUUCUCAUGCCAUACUACUUUAUUUAA